AUGAUCGUUUGUUUUAGGACAUACGAGUUUGAAGGAGACGACCCCACUGACAAUGAAAUGUUGUUUUCUGUAUAUAAGGUGGAUAACAAUUCUAUUGCACUUGGUCACCUGUACAACAACAAGUUCUUGGAACAACAAGUGGUGUUCGAGUCAACUUAUGGUCUAAGGUCUAUAGGGUCGAGUAUGAUGGGAGAGGCAACACGACUGCAACUAGUUGAGCCUGUUUUUAGACGGGAAAUCAAUGUAUUCGAAUUCCAUCUUGAUAGAUCAAGGAUUUAUGAUCGAAUUCCUCUCACAUUGGCAGAAGGGGGAGCUAGUAAUCCAACCAACUCAGAGCAAGAGUUUACAAUACAAUUUACCUACAAUAAGACCAAAACUAAUUCAUGGAACAGCAGCUCAUCAUGGUAUGUAAGUGGUAGCAUUACAAUUACCAGCAAAAUUCCAUUCAUUGGUGAAACAUCUAUUGAAACUGGAGGAGGGUACUCUGAACAGUACGAUUGGGGUGAAACUCUUUCUGAAUCUGAGGAAGUGGCUGCCUCUUAUACUGUCAAGGUUCCACCUAUGACUAAGUCAACAGUUACUGCUGUAGCAAUGCGAGGCACUUGUGAUGUUCCUUUUUCUUACCUUCAGAUUGAUCACAUGGCUAAUGGUGAUACUGUUAAGACUACCUUAUCUGAUGGUGUUUUUAAGGGUAUGAAUGCCUAUCAGUUUGAUUUCCUCGUCCGCAACCAACCCCUCUGA